AUGCAUUUGGUCAACGAUGCCAUUGACGAAAUUGGUUUCACUCCAUAUCAUUUGAAACUCUUCUUCCUUAAUGGUAUGGGUUACUGGACCGAUACUCAAUUGACAUACCUUGAAAGUUCAGUGAGAACCUUUGUCAAUUACCAAUUUGGCUACACCUAUGCUGUGUCCAACGAGAUGUUGGCUGCUGGUCUUUUGGUCGGUGCCAUUUUCUGGGGGUUUUCUGCUGAUUUGAUCGGAAGAAAGAUAGCUUUCAACCUUUCGUUGUUACUUUCGGCUGUCUUCACAAUCAUCACUGGUACCAUGGGAACCAUGGCUUCAUACUGUAUCUUUGUUUUCUUGCUGUGUUUCGCUGCUGGAGGUAACUUGGUACUUGACACUUGUGUUUUCCUUGAAUACUUGCCUCACAAACACCAAUGGCUUUUGACAUUUUUCGCCUUUUUCUGGGGUAUUGGUCAAACCAUUGCUGUUUUGCUUGCAUACGCUUUCUUGCCUAACAACUCAUGUUCAUCCGCUGACGACUGUCCUUCUCACAAGAACAGGGGCUGGAGAUAUGUCUACUAUGUCAAUGGAGCCAUUGUGCUUGUCAUGGCUAUUUUGCGUAUCACUGUCAUCAGAUUAAAGGAGACGCCUAAGUUCUUGGUUUCCAAUAACAGAGAUGCUGAAGCAGUAGAAGUUUUGCAAUCGAUUGCCCGUAAAUACAACCGUCAAUGUUCUUUAACUCUCGAACAAUUGAAUGCUAUUGGAGAAGUCAAGUCCAGUGACGAUUACAGAAAGCACUUAAACGUCAAGGGCACUUACACUUUGGUUAAGCACCAUCUCACCAUCUUGUUUGCCAACAGAAAGACUGCCAGACUGACGAUCUUAUUGUUUCUCUCUUGGUUCCUUCUUGGGUUUGCUUAUCCCUUAUACUCGUCUUUCUUGCCGGUAUACUUGGCUACGAGAGGUAAUAAUAUUUCUGCGCCAGAUGUACAUGGAGUUUACCGUGACAAUUUGAUUAGUAACGUGUCUUCCAUGGGUGGUCCAUUCAUUGCUGGAGCUUUGUUGUAUUUCUUUCCGGCCUUGGGAAGAAGAGGAGUCUUGUGUAUAGGUGGUCUCGUCAGUAUGGCCUUCCUCUUUGGCUACACCCAGAUCAAGAACAGAGCCCAAAAUGUGGCUCUUUCGUCGACUUCAUUCCUUGCCAUCUAUAUCUACUAUGCUGUGUUGUACGCUUACACUCCGGAAGUGUUGCCCUCAGCAGCAAGAGGUACAGGUAAUGCUCUCAGUAUUGCUUGUACUCGUGUAGCCAGUUUGGUUGUGCCAGUCAUUGCUUACUUCUCUGACACUAGUUCUGCAGUUCCGAUCUGGAUCUGUGGUGCGUUUGUUGGAGUGAUUGGUUUGAUGGCAUUGUUGUUCCCAUUCGAACCAAGUAAGCACAGAGUUGUAUAA